UCUGCGAGAAGACAUCUGAGAGGAAGGAUGGUUUUCUUUUCAUUGUUAAAUCUCUGUCUUCUUUCUCUCACACAGGCAGCAGCUGGACUCCAGUCAUUUGAUAAUUUGGUGACGUUUGCCAUGCUAGGAGAUACUAUUACUUUGCCAUGUGGCACACCCUUUAUUAAAUCCUGCACUUCCGUUAACUGGACCAUAGCGGAAAUGGUUGGAUCAGAGGUGGUGAAGGCUGGAAGGGUGACAGCUCCGGACGCCCUCAAGUUUGGCCUGCUAAAGGACUGCUCUCUGGAGAUUAAUCACCUGGUACUCGAUGAUGCACGCCUUUACUCUUGUCACAGUCCAGCGUUCACUUCAAGUGUUUCCCUUCAGAUUCUUGAAGUUACUGAGAACCCAACUCCUGCGGAUAUAGAGCUUCACUGUUACCUCAAUACAUAUAAAGGACUUGUCUCCAAUUGUAACAAAGGGAUACAUAUCAAGUGGAUCACUGAAGAUAAUACACCAUUAAAUGGGAACAGAUUUCACUAUGAACAUGUCUCUGAUUGCUUCUCUAAACUGUUCAUCACUAAAAGACUGACAGACCAUCACAGGAAAUGGAAAUGCCAGCUGACUCAAAAUGACAUGAUUAAAGCUACCAUCACUUAUACAACAACAAUAAAAGAUGGUAUAGAGGAAGUGUUUGCUGCAGUCGGUGAGUCAGUGUCACUCUCUUGUAGCAACACUUCCUCUCUUGGUGUGGGUGGAAGCAUGAAGUGGACUGUGGGUGAAAGGACACUGACAGAUGAUAUCUCAUCUUAUAACGACCAAACAGAGGCAUUACAUGUGAAUAAGGACUCAUCACUGGUUAUUAGCAAAGUAAGUGCUCUGCAUGCCGGAGACUACCAGUGUUCAGAGUCCACUGACCAGCAAAAAGUGUUUAACAAAAUCAGGCUGCAUACCCUUGAUGUUAUUUCAGAGCACGGGCCAGGAGGUGAUAAUCUCACUUUGACUUGUGUGCUUACCUGCACUAAUGAAUGUGGUAAAGACUUCAAUUUAACUUGGUCUGGAGGCAGCCACAAUAGCAGGCAGGGCAGUUUAAUAUAUGACAAGAACACUCUAAUAAACAGGCUCUUUAUCCCACUUUUGUCAAUGGCAUCUGCUGAAUUAACUUGCUUUGUGCAUAGAGAGGGAGAUGUGAUGGCAUCAAAAAAGUGGCACACUAUUAACCCUCUGCAAACACCUGCGUGGGCAGCCCUUCCUCUAGCCCUCCUGAUAUGUAUAACUGCUGGAGGACUCUACGUGUACAUGAAGAGGAAGCACAACAAGGAUGCAGGAAAUGAACAGUCAAGUGUUGGAAUGACUCAUGUUUACGAUGUCAUUCAGGAUGCAAAUAAUGAGGAACUAACCCAACCUGCUACCACUACCAGUUUCUAUGAUUUAUUACAGGCUGUAAACUAUAAAUAAAUAAAAUUGUCAAGUGUUUAAAGUGUCCUUGAUUUCAACCAUCAAUAAACUAUAAACAUGUUUUCCAUGUUUUAAAAGCUAAUAUUUUCUUUAACAGACUGUUGACUCGUGACUCUCGAUUCUUUUGUCAUGCUCAUUCAUCAUAUGACAGAUAUUGAUUAAAAUUGUAUAAAAGACUUUAUUGAAAGAUUACAUGGUAAACACGUCUCCAUGUCAUUUCAAAUAAUAGAGAUGAUGGGAUAUAUUAACACAAACAGGUUAACAGUGGGUUGUUUGGUGCAAAAUGUUAAACAUGUUUGGUAUGUGUUUAAAAGUAUGUUUUUUGUGUAUAUUUUUUAUCUUCCUAUACAAAAUACAUAUUGCACACAGGAACUAUUUACAGUUGAAUGAGGGGUGGGAAAAAUAACAAUCUUCGGCUUCAUACCACUCCUUUUCUGCCAGAUUGAACAUAUUUGUAACACUUCAUAGAUAUUGUUUUUCCUUUUGGUGUGUUGCUAUGCACUCAUUGUGUUUUUGUAUUUUAAACAUUUUCCAUGUUGCACUACUGUACACAGUUUCCAUGUUCUUACUUACUCUUCUUUGCAAGACAAAUACUUUAGAGGCAAGUAAAUGUUAUAUGGAUUAUGUAAGCCGGCAAUACAUAUUAGACAGUAAAGACUUUAAUGGAAAAUCUUCUUUAUCUUGAGCGGACUGAAAAUAACUAAUACCGGACUGCAAUAAAAGAGAGAAAUU